AUGUCUCGCUCUGGUACCCGAUCUAACCCAACUGAUGUGCCUUCAGCCGAGGAUAACUACAACCUGUUGGAUUCAGAUCUGCGCCCACAUAAAGCAAGUAAGGCCAUGCAACGUAAGGCACGGAGAAUAGUUGCUCUGAUGGUUCUUGCACUGUUUGGAGCGAUACUAAUCGCCUCUGCAGGUUUUUUAAUGAAUACGAAAUAUGGGAGGGAUUCUUAUACGACAACAACAGAAGAGACACCCGCAACAUUCGUGCCUGAAGACUUAGUGAAGAGGGAAGGCUCGGAUACCGCUGUGUCUCUAGAGCCAUAUCUCACGGGUUACACUAUUAGUGAAUUCUACGGGACUGAAUUGAACGUAACAACCUUGGAAAAUAAGGCACGUAGAAUUGUAAGGCCUCGCAACCCGUACGUGUGGUUCGCACUAACAGCGUGGAAGAUAUUUGAGUGGGGAUGGAGUUUCAAGUCUACCAUCAGUUCAUGUCGGGAUUGGUCGAAAGGGGGCACUGGUUCAAGUGCAGACUGUGUUAUAGGAGCGCUAGACACAGGGAUAACACUUGGAGCCACGGCAUACGGCGUAGGAUCUGCUUAUGUGGCCAUAGGGACAUCGCUAAGAAAUUCAGGUGUUCACAUACCCGGUUUCAAACGGGAUGAAGGGCUAGGAGUCUCGGAAUCAGUAACAGCGAUGGCGAAGUCACUGGCGUUAGCUCAGGGCCUGCAGGUAGCUACGAUUCACCAUAUAAAUGGGGAUCCAGUCUUUAAUGAGCAUAGUGGCCAUCCAGUUUUUGCAGUCCGGUCAGCUAUUCACCCUAUUGUCCAUAUGACGUCGCUGACACUGAACUCUACCCACCAUACGUUUGUUAUCACUGAUACUCAUCCACUCAUUCAAACCGCUAAGAGAGACGAGAACUUCAACUUAGAGAACUUUAGCAGUGGUGGUUUACAAUUUCACCAAUAUAAAUCGGAGUCGGACAGCAUUGCUGAUAUUAACACAGGAGGGGACUAUGGUACCUUAGACCAUCAAUUAAGCUGUGAAAUUGACAUGGACUGGCACGCGUUCUCGUAUGAGGUGUGGGACUACAACCACAAUGCUGGCAUCUCGUCAGGGACAGCAUGGGCGUAUCAGUACGACCCAUAUCCUGAUGCUGACGGUCAAGUUAUACCUUUUCCUGGUAAUCCCAUAUCCCAGAACGAUAAGUGUUAUGUAGCCUAG